CAACGAUAAGGUGGUCCAGGGGGGAAUAAUGUUCUGGGGGAUGUUUUUGUACGGUCCGAAGGUACCCAGAAGAUUGACGCCCUUGUGUGGCUUUCUUGUGUCGUCGGCAAAGACAGGCUACGGCGAUGCACCAGAUGCGAGCAAGCGGCGAUCAGCAAAUGAGAUGGAGCAAGUCAAGACGGAACAGGAUCGAAGGGGAGGAUGA